AUGCAAUUAAUUAUUUUAUCACAAAGCCAUUGAAAAAUGGUAGUCAAUAAAAAUCCAAUGGGGUAGCAUUAAUUUUUACCUAACCAAUCGUGAGUAACAAAAAUAAAAUUUAGCUUUUAAAAUGCAGGUUCUUUAAAUUUAACAGAAUGAGCAAGAGAUUUAAGAUACUAAUUAUCACUUAUAUAUCAAAAUAUUUUUUCACAAAAAAUGAUUUUUUUCCAAAAAAAAUAGGGGUUAUUGCAAUGUUUUUGUUCCACUCACGAAGUUAAAGAGGAAAAAAUUAUCUUCAUUUUUUAUAGAUAAAAAUUAUUAUAAUCCUCCAACUUGAAAAAAUGGGAAGCCAGUGCUGCAAUGGGAGAAAUAAAGCUCCAGCUAAGAAAAAUAUUUAUGAAACAACAGAGAAAGUUUUCUUAGAGACCAAUAGGACAUUAAGCACCAAAAAUACACUGACCUUCAGGUAAGAAAUAGAAAGGAAUCAAGAUUUUGAAAGCUCUCAAGAUGCAACUGAAAAUGAAUACAAGAAAACAGUGGUAGAAUUGAAUGGAGGCAAUGAAAUGAAAAGAACUGGGAACUGUCCUUAUUGUAACGCUGAACAGGUAAUAGCCAGCAAAUUUAAACACUUAGAAUGCACUAAUUGUAUGCAGAUUUACAUGCAAGAUGGAUGCACUCGAACGCUCUAUAAGUAAAACCUAUACAGGCUGCCUCCUGGAAGCUCUUUAUUUAGAUCAAAUUCUCCAAAACGAUCUUAA